UCACCUAGACCUAGGGAAGCCCCUGACACUUACUGGAAUUCUACCAAGUUCCUUGCCUGGCUGUACAAUGACAGCCCUGUAAAGGAUCAAAUUGUGCUUAAUGAUCGAUGGGGCAAGGACAAUCCUUGUAAACAUGGGGGUUACCUCACCUGUCGAGACCACUACAAGCCAAAGAAUGUUCCAAAACACAAGGGGGAGAUGUGCACCAGGCUUGAUAACGACGCCUGGGCAUACCAAAGAAAUAUGAACAUCAGUGAAGUCAUGACUUUUGUAGAAGUCAUUUUGGAACUAAUUGAAGUUGUGUCCUUUGGAGGCAACUAUCUGCUCAAUGUUGGACUGACAAAAGAUGGGAUGAUUGCCCCCAUCUUCCAGGAAAGGCUUCGUUGUGUGGGGAACUGGCUGAGCAUCAAUGGGGAAGGAAUCUUUGCUACUAAGCCAUGGAGGGUGCAAAUGGAGAACAUUGCCACCACUGUAAGUUGCCUCCCUAUUUAUAACACAAAGGAAUCUGCUGUGUAUGCCUUCUUCAACUCAUGGCCACAGGACGGAAUGCUAGAGCUGACCUCUCCUGUGCUAACAGAAAAGACAAUGGUGACAAUGUUGGGAGACCCAGGAUUGUUGAAAGGGACAGAAGGUUCAAUGGGUAAGGGUCUCAUCAUUUCCCUGCCACAACUCUCUCCAGGUAUUGCAAACAUGAACAUCUGGACCUUCAAACUACAGGAAGUACAAGGAGGCAUUGUGUCCUACUG